CAGGAAGAUCGCCCCAGUGAUAUACUGAGUCGUUCGCACCACCCUCUGCAGAGCUUUGCAUUCGAGGGCGGUGCAGUUUCCGUACCAGACGUUUAUGUAGCCAUUCGAUAUACUCUCGAUGGUAGGAUCUGAGGGUCCAUGCAACAUCUAUUGAGCCUCAUGGGGAAGAAGAGGUGGUAAUACAUUCCUCAUGAACCAGGGGAGGGGUGAAGCGUUCCCCUUCAAUACAGUUCUGUGGUAAGUGCCUCCCGCCUAUAGGGGCGCUGCAACUUUGAGGAGAGUCAACUCUUUGCUUGCGCACGCGGAAAGCAGGAAGCGCGCCAUUGAAGAACCACAACGUGAAUAUUUCGAGUUUCUUGUCUUCCUUCGAGUGAAACGUAUUGACAAUUGUUUUUGGACAACAAAGCGUAAACCCACAAAGCUUAAACCCAUAACGAGGAUGGCGUACAGAGGACAAGGACAGAAAGUCCAGAAGGUUAUGGUGCAGCCAAUUAACCUUAUUUUCAGGUAUCUACAGAACCGCUCUCGUAUCCAAGUGUGGCUGUAUGAACAGGUUAACAUGCGGAUAGAAGGCUGCAUCAUCGGCUUUGAUGAAUACAUGAACCUGGUUCUGGAUGAUGCUGAGGAGGUUCACAUGAAGACCAAGAACAGGAAGCCCUUGGGGAGGAUCAUGCUGAAAGGAGAUAACAUCACCCUGCUACAGAGUGUAGCCACCUAACUCAACCCAACAGGACCAAGUCCAUCCAUCUCCAGCUGACAUACAUUUUCUAGGAUAUAUCUUUCCCCUUUUUGGUAUUUUUUAUUUUUACGUUCGAUUUAUUGCUAAAAAUAUUGAAGCUCAGUGGUGUUCGUGUUACAUGAAUAAUGUAAUUGUUUAUUUUUGCCAGCUAUUCCUCUGUAAUAAAUGUUUUGUUAUCUGAAA